AUGCUGCGCCGCUGGCUUCCGACGCCGUGGACCGCAGGGUUGCGUGCAGCACGCCUCGGCGCUAGUGUGCGCUGCGCGGGUGACUGGCAGCCGCGUACAAAACAGCGCCACCGCUUCUCCAAGGCGGCCAUGAUGGAGGGCCGCGAGCGACAUCAACGGCAGAAGUCAGUCGCGGCGCUGCGGCAGCGCGUCAACGAGGAGCAUGGCCUGCAGCAGCGAGAGCGCGCGCAGCUGCGGCGGCGGUACGACCGCACAGCGUCCGCCUUGAUUCAUGGCGCCUCGAAGAGGUCCUCGGCCUCUGCGGCGGAUGCGUUGGCGACUGCGCGGCACCUUCUCACGCUGCAGGAGGCGACGCGCAGGGCGAUGCGGGGCGGCAAGAGUGGACGCACGGCGAUGUUCGUCAGCGGCAAGGAGUGGCGCGGAUGA